GUCAUGAUUUCACGACAUGUGUCUGAAAUAUAUAACAAAUACUGAAGCAUGUAAGUCUCAUGAGUGGGAAAUAAAAAUAGAUACAUAAUAAUUAUGUUUGCGAUGAAAAACAAGUGUUAAUGUGAAUAUAAUGUUAAAAUGGUUUCACCGUAUGCGACGUUUCUUCUUGUCUGUUUCUUGGAUCUCGUUUCAGUUUCCUUCAUAGUACCGUACCUGGAUAUUCACGUUAAGGAGUUAGGUUUCAGUUAUAUUCAGACUGGACUAGUGUGGGUUGUUUAUCCACUAUGUCAAAUUGUAUCAUCACCCGUUAUAGGAAGCCUGGGUGACGUCACGAGCCGAAAACAACUAUUAUUAAUAUGUAUAUUUAUUUGCUCCUGCGCAUAUUUCUGGUUGGGAAUCGCGUCAUCUCUGUAUGUUUUCUUAAGUCUACGUAUUGUUUUAGGAAUAUUCAAGCAAACUCAGAUACUAACAAGAGCUUUAGCCCCGGAGUACAUACAUGAACCGAGCAAAGUAUCCAUUUUGUAUGGAAAAUUAUUAUCAUUGGGAUCAUUUGGACAAACCCUUGGCUCCUUUCUUAGCAGCUACCCCAUUGAAACAUACCCCAGAAGUGGUUUCACAUUCAUGUGUGGAGUUUUAUCCAUAUUCUUUGGAAUUAAUGCAGCUCUAAUUAAUGCUUUACCAGAAACUAAAACAAAAGAAGAAGAAAAACCAGAUACAAGUGAAAGAAAAUCUUCACCAAUAGCAUCUGUAGUUACUACAUACAAACACACUUGUAACACUCUGUAUAACGUAAACUGGCUUAGUUUAUGGGACAUACUGUUAUUUAAACUUCUCAUGUCUAUUUCUACGGGACUUUAUUAUAAUAAUUUCCGUAUAUAUUUGAAGACUGAAUACGAUAUAUCGAAUGUUUCAAUCGUCUGUAUCUUACUUUUUGAAGCUAUAAUCGCAUCCAUCGUGAAUAACUCAGUAGCUUUUAUUAAUAAAUUGUAUAUUAAUGAUAGGGAUUACAGUCAACGUGUUUUCCAUACGUUUCUUGGUAUUGUGUUGACUUUAGUAGCCUUAGGAAUGGUUUCUAGUUUUCCUUUGUAUGUUUUAUUGUUAGUCCCUAAGGCAGUGUCCUUUGCUUUAGCAAGAAUAGUAACUUUGGCAGUAGUUAUGAGCAGGAGUUCACCUAGUAAUCGUGGUACCUUAAUAGGCGCUUUGUACAGCGCCAGUUCUAUAGCUUACAUCGUCACACCUAUUAUAGGAGGAUUAAUUAUUCAGUACUUAGGUAUUUCCUAUAUGUAUUUCGUUGCUUCUUUAUUUGCUGCGACUGGACUUGUUAUAAGCCAAAUGAGAACAAGAUUUGUAAAACAAAAGAUUAAAUGA